AUGGAGACACCUUCAACGGGUGCGUCCUUGAUGCUAGCCUUUCGUCCUAUCGGCCGGAAGAUCAUAGUACUAGGAACCCGCAGAUUAGCAGCUUCUCGAAUCGUCAACAUUCUAGAAGCCGAUGCGAUUCCCGUCUUGAUCGGGAUUGAUUGCGCAUCAGUACAAGAAGCAAGCGAAGAAGUUCGAUGGAGGGUGGAGCAAAAUCAGUGUACGUUCCAACAAGCACCACAAUACGAUACACCGUCAGCCUGGUCUUCACUACUGGAUCAGCUGGAUGAAGGAAAUAGAAGUGUAUUCGCCGUUUGCAUCUGUGAUACUCUACAUGCAGGGGAUGAAGAAAAGAUCUCAAACUCCUCUUCUUCCGACAAGCUAUCACCGCUAGACCGUGCAAAAGUCGUUGUCCAACUCUGUCGGGAAAGAAGGAUACCGGUCAAUGUCGCGGAUCAUCCCGAACUUUGCGACUUCACUUUUCCCGCCUCGCAUCGAUUUGCAGCCACAAAAGUGGGUGAAGACACGAGUCUAUCAGCCUCCGCCUCAUCUUUGCAAGUUGCAGUGACGACAAAUGGACGUGGAUGUAGACUGGCAACUCGGAUACGAAGAGAGAUUGUAUCAAGCUUACCUCGAAAUGUAGGGGAUGCGGUUGAAAGAAUCGGAGAUAUGCGAGAGAUGGCAAAGGGAAGGCAGGAAAGACGAAAGAACGGCGCAAGAGAACCUUCUCUUCGUAGAAAGGCCUUUGGAGGAGAAGAGGUGGAGGAAGAAGAUCUCUCUUUUGAUACAACACCCAUCAACAGUCCCGUACCACAGAUUGGAAACACAAGCAAAGAGUACAUCAGUGCAGGAGUAGCAGCAGCAUCGGAACGCUUACUCGCAAGGGAAGCAAAGUUGAUGGAAGACAGAAAGAGGAGAAUGCGCUGGGUAGCACAAAUGAGCGAAUACUGGCCAAUCGCAUACCUUGGCUCUCUUACGAAACCGGACAUGGUACGAGCACUUGAAACGUAUGCAGGUGAAAACAAAGAUGAUCCACCGCCUGUACCACUAGACGUGGUUGAUGAAGAGGCAACAAGGGGAAGAGAUAAUACUCGACCAGCUACGGCAGAUCAGGUUCCUGGAAGACGAGCAUCGUCUCAACACAGCUUGGCGAUUCCUCAACCAACAAGUUCGCAUACGAGCGAAAAAGGGCACAUCUAUCUGGUCGGAUCUGGACCUGGUCAUCCAGGGCUGCUAACGGCAAUGGCAUAUCGACUCUUAACAUCCAAAGAUACGGAUAUUGUUUUGUCGGAUAAAUUGGUCCCUUCUCCCAUCUUAUCCUUAAUUCCAAAACAUAUCACCUUGCACAUCGCACGCAAGUUCCCGGGAAAUGCAGAAGGAGCUCAAAGCGAAUUGAUCGCAUUAGCAUUAGAAGCUGCAAAGCAAGGAAGAUGUGUCGUUCGAUUGAAACAAGGGGAUCCAUUCGUAUACGGUCGUGGGGGAGAAGAAGUUUUGGCAUUUGCAAGGGAAGGUAUAAGUACAACAGUCAUUCCUGGAAUCAGUAGUGCCCUUGCCGCUCCUCUCUUACUCAACAUUCCCGUCACGCAAAGAGGAGCUGCUGACAGCAUGACUUUGUGUACUGGUGUUGGGAGAGGCGGAAAGAGUGUCAGAUUGCCAGGAUAUGAACGUAGCCGUAGCUUGGUCAUUCUGAUGGGCGUUGCACGAUUGCAUGAUGUCGUCAAAACGCUUUGUCAUGGCUGGAAGAGUGCAUUGGGCGAAGGAGCAGUGAUUUCAGACACGCCAACUGGUGUUCGACUUGGUAUGCCUUUCCCGCCUUAUACACCCAUUGCAAUCAUUGAACGUGCUUCUUCAACAGAUCAAAGAAUGGUAGCAUCUACUUUGGAAGGCAUAGAGAAAGCCUUGACUGCAAGUGGAGAACAGAGGCCGCCAGGGAUGAUGCUUGUAGGAUGGACAGCAAUGGCAUUGGACGGAGGAGGAAAGGGAAAUGUGGAUGUGCUAGAUGACGAAGACAAACUAGGUGAUGACGCUGCAAUGCUGGAGAAAGCAGAUCGAGACAGAGUAGACAGAUGGUUAGGCAAAAAGGGAUGCAUUAUUCGUGAAGGUUUGGACGACGCAUAUACCCGCGAAUUAGCACUUUCAGCGUCAUACCCUGCUCAAAUGGGAGAGGAUGUUCCCGAGACAUCCACUCGAGGACCUUCUGGCUGGGCACCACCACGAUAUGGAAACGAUGGAAUUCCACGCGGAGGCUGGGGUGAAGGUGAAAAAAGUGUAUAA